UUGCGGCUGCACUUUGUCAGUCCACGCCGCGCAGCCUCUUUCGCAGACCUGUUGAUCCUCUUGGUCCAGUUGAUCCCGCUGAUCUGCUCUGGAUCAGGACCGUGAGCCAGUACUCACCUAUUAUGACAGCGAGCGGCAGACGCGCCGUCCGCCCGGCGCAUAUACUGCGAUGCGCGAUGAUUUGCGGCAGCUUUCUGGGUCCAGCCAGCGCGGGUCUAUACGACGGCCGCUAUGCCGGUGACCAGGUGAUCAGAAUGAUCCCCCACAGCUAUGAGGAGGUGCAGUUUCUCAGGAGGCUUUUCGAAAACCUGAGGGCAGACCUCUGGCAGCCCAACGCCGCGUCUCUCAUUCGCCAGGACGGCGCCGUGGAUGUGCAUGUGGGUCGAGGUGCAGCACAGGAGCUGAAGGGCCGUCUGCGGGGGGCGCACAUCGGCCACAGGGUCCUCAUCUCUAAUCUCCAGAUGGAAGUUGAAAACCAAUCAGGAUCACGGUCUUCAAGGUCACGCAGAUCAGAAUUCCAGCACAAUUAUGAGGUGUAUCAUCCCCUGGAGGAGAUUCAGAACUGGAUGUUUGAGAUGAACAGGACACACCCACAUCUGGUGCACAUGUUUUCCAUCGGAAGGUCAUUUGAGGGGAGGCCUCUCUAUGUUCUCCAGCUGGGGAAGAGAGCGCAGCCUCGCAAGAAGGCGGUGUGGAUCGACUGCGGCGCUCACGCCCGGGAGUGGAUCGGACCCGCGUUCUGCCAGUGGUUCGUGCGAGAAGCCCUGACCUCUUACCACAUGCGAAGGCUGCUGACCCAGCUGAGCUUCUACGUGAUGCCUGUCUUCAACGUGGAUGGAUACGUCUUCAGCUGGACAACAGACCGCUUUUGGAGGAAAACACGGUCAAAAAAUGGCAGGUUCAAGUGCUGGGGUGUGGACAUCAACCGGAACUGGAGAGUCAAGUGGUGUGAUGAGGGGGCUUCAUCACACCCAUGUGACGACACCUACUGUGGGCCCUACCCGGAGUCGGAGCCCGAGGUGAAGGCCGUCGCCAAGUUUCUGCGCAAGCAUAGGAAGCGGAUCAAGGCCUACAUCUCCAUCCAUGCAUAUGCGCAGAUGCUGCUCUACCCGUAUUCCUACAAAUACGCCACCAUCCCCAAUUUCAGCUGCGUGGAAGACACCGCUCACAAGGCCGUCAUGGCCCUGUACUCGGCCUACAGGGAGAGGUACAGAUACGGUCCUGCGUCCACCACCCUCUACGUGAGCUCGGGGAGCUCCAUGGACUGGGCCUACAGGAACGGAAUCCCAUACGCCUUCGCCUUUGAGCUGCGGGACACGGGGCAUUACGGCUUCCUGCUGCCCGAGUCCCUGAUCAGGCCCACCUGCACCGAGACCAUGCGUGCCGUGAACACUAUCGCUUCCAGACUCCUGCGGAAGUGCCCUCACUAAGAAGCACCCCCCCCCCCCCCCACCCCCCAGGG